AGGUGCACUAAUGCUGAAGCACUAUGAGCUUUCAGAAAUUCUGGAGAGACUACAAAGUUCUGGUUGUUAUGGUACCUCUAGUUGGGUUCAUACAUUUGGGGUGGCACAGGAUCAAAAGCAGCCCUGUCUUCCAAAUUCCUAAUAAGGAUGACCUUCCUGAGCCAGGCAGUCUGGCAGUCACAAGUCCUGAGAAGAACCACAUCCCAGGGAAAUAGUAGACUUGAGAGCUUCAGAAAGAAGCAGCUUUGAGUCUGAGCUUGAGUUUGAAAGAAGAAAUGAAAAAUAGCAAUUGGAUCAGAAAGAACUGGCUUCUUGUAGCUGGGAUUUUCUUCACAGGCAUCCAUCUUGGAACAUAUUUUAUACAGAGAGCUGCAAAACAAUCUGUAAAGUCUCAGCCUGAAGGCAAACAAAAGAGUUUGAAUAAUGAACAAAAAUAAAUAUUUGGAAUUACUAAUAUGUCAUUACACCAUUACGUGCCGAUUAGUAUCGUAAGCAUGGAGCUAAGUAUUUAAUUUUAUAGCCACAACGCUGUAUAUUCGGACUUUCAUUCCUGAAGGAUAAUCUUGUUAAAUGUUGAAACCCACCACAAUACAAUAAAUAGAAAACUCUGGUUAACAAAAUAAAAGCUGUCUUCACAAAUUACCACCUGAAGUAAGAUGUCUCGUUUAGAAGCUAAAAAGCCCUCAUUCUGUAGAAGUGAACCACUGACAAGCGAACGAGUGAAGGCCACCCUCUCUGUCUUGAAAGGCAUCGUCACAUCCUGCUAUGGCCCGGCAGGCAGGCUGAAGCAGCUGCACAACGGCCUGGGGGGAUCUGUGUGCACAACCUCCCAGUCGGCAGCCCUCCUCGCCAACCUGCCAGUCACCCAUCCCAUUUUAAAGAUACUGACAACUUCUGUGCAGAAUCACGUGUCCUGCUUCAGUGACGGCGGCUUAUUCACAGCCAUUCUUUGCUGCAACUUAGUUGAAAAUGUUCAGAGAAUAGGUUUGACACCCACCACUGUCAUUAAGUUAAAUAAGCAGCUUUUGAGCCUCUGCACCAGUUACCUAAAAUCUGAGGCCUGUGGUUGUCGAAUCCCAGUCAACUUUAGUAGCACUCACAUCCUCCUCUGUUUGGUGCGCAGUAUAUUAACAAGUAAACCUGCCUGUAUGCUCACCACAAAGGAAAUCGACCAUAUCAGUACUUUGAUUCUGAGAGCCUUUCUGCUUAUAAUUCCAGAAAAUGCCCAAGACCACAUCAUUUUAGGAAAGAGUAUAAUUGUCCCUUUAAAACAUCAAAGAGUUAUAGAUUCUACUGUGUUACCUGGAAUACUUAUUGAAAUAUCCGAAGUUCAAUUGAUGAAGAUAUUACCUAUCAAAAAAUCAGAUUCCUUCAAGGUGGCACUCUUUUGUGUGUCUUUAUCCGGAGACCUUUCUGAUACUGGAGAAGGAAAUGUGGUGGUGAGUUACGGAGUUUCUCUUGAAAAUGCAGUCCUGGACCAGUUGCUUAACCUAGGAAGGCAGCUAGUUAGUGAUCACGUAGAUCUUGUCUUGUGCCAAAAAGUUAUACACCCAUCUUUGAAGCAGUUUCUCAGAACGCAUCAUGUUAUUGCUGUAGACAGAGUUGGAGUGGCUGUGAUGGAACCCCUGAGUAAAGUGACAGGAACAAGGCCUAUUGGUUCCUUGGACUCAAUCUCUCCCAGUAGUUAUGGAAGUGUGAAAGAUUUGUGCACUGCCAAAUUUGGCUUCAAACAUUUUUUUCAUCUUAUUCCUAAUGAAGCAACUGUCUGCAGCUUGCUUCUCUGCAACAGAAAUGACACAGCCUGGGAUGAACUGAAGCUCACGUGUCAAACAGCACUGCAUGCUUUGCAGUUAACAAUCAAGGAACCAUGUGUUUUAUUAGGAGGUGGCUGUACUGAAACUCAUUUGGCGGCAUAUAUCAGACACAAGACGAGUAGCGAGCCAGAAGGCAUUCUUAGAGAUGACGGAUGUACCCAGACAGAGCUCCAGCUGAUCGCUGAAGCAUUCUGCAGUGCACUCGAAUCUCUCGCUGGCUCUUUAGAACACGACGGAGGUGAAAUUCUCACUGAUGGGAAGUAUGGACACUUUUGGUCAGUUCAGGCUGAUUCUCCCUCUGUUGUGAACUGGCCAGAUUUGCUUUCAAGAUGUGGCUGUGGACUCUACAGCAGCCAGGAAGAACUUAGUUGGUCCUUCUUAAGGAGUGCUCGUCUUCCUUUUGUGCCUCAAACCUGCCUUCCAUGUGAAGCCACGGACUCAGCCAGCAACCUGACCUUGGACUGUUUUACUGCAAAGCUUAGUGGCCUACAGGUGGCUGUGGAGACUGCCAAUUUGAUUUUGGAUCUUUCAUAUGUCAUUGAAGAUAAAAACUGAUGUAAGAGAAUAGCAUGUUUAUAUUACAAAAAGAAAAACUAGUGACAUGUCAAUAAAGAAAAAUAUUGAGUGUAUGUGUUGUCUCUCAAAGACCUGUUCUGCAUAUUGGGAUUGAUGAUUCAUAAAUUUAUAGAUUCACCUAUUUAAGGAAAAAAGAAUUGAUUCUUGAAUACCACAUUAUUAUACCACAGAAUAAUAAAAAUAUGAAGCAUUGUUAAA